GGCUAUUUUGCACAUGUGGGUAUUCGACAAUAACAUCAUGAACCUCAUAACAUUAUAAGAUUGACCUAGAUUGUAGAUGUAAAGAACACACAAUUAAAUUUAUAAGAUGCAACAAUCUGGAAUUUUUAAUACAUGUAUGUUAGAGGAAUUUGCUGUACUCUAGAGAGUUACGAGUUGAAAUAUAUUGUGAAGUUUCUUAGACAGUAUACAUAGACCAAAUUAUUUACAUGUACAUGGAUAUACAAUGUUACUUAUGUUGAGAGAUGAGAGUGGAACUUUUUGAGGCAAAUUGAUCAUAGUUUGAAAAAUUGGUAGAAAAUAUUUAUUAAAUCUCUUAUCUAAGUAAGCAUCAUGGUUUCUGGAACAAGUGACAGUCAUGCUAAAAAAUCAUCAAGGCGGAAGUUAUUGGACAUAUCAUCUGCAGAAACAGAAAAAGAUAAAUCUUCAGCAAAAAAUACAAAGAAACAGCAAAAAACUGUUGAAUCUAAAAGUCCUUCAAAAAACAGUUCAAUUAAAAAUAAGAAGAUUUCAUUACAACAUGAGAGAAAUAUUGAAAAAAGGUCAAAUCGUUCAAAAUCACCUACAAGUUCUAGUGGUUCUGAUACAUCUUUAGGCUCUUCCAAACAUGGGUUAGAACAUGACAUUUCUGAUUCUGAUCAAAGUGUAGAGAGAGAAAUUCACAGUAUAGCUCAACAGCAUACUAAAUCCAGUAUGGAUGAAAUGUCAGAUUUUAGUAUAGCUUCACCAAAGAAAAAAAGAAAGAUUCGAGUAGUUGAGGCAAAGACAACAGCAGAUAGUUCAGAUGAAAAUUCUGGUGAUGAAGAAUCAAUGAUGUCUCAAUCACUACUUAGUACUUCUACAUCUGGUAGUCAGUUAAAAGGAUCUUCAGGGAUUCAGAAGAAAAAAAGAAAAUCUCACACAAUGGGGGACAUAGAAAGUGAGCAGGAAGAUGUAUCAGACCAACGGGAGCAACGUUUAAACUUGAGAUACAACCUACCAGAAGGAUAUGAACCAUUUAAACUUUCGGAAGCCAGUAAAGAUGUGUGCAAAGAAGAUCUCAGACACAAGGACCUAUGGCUUAUUAAGGCACCUGUAAAUUUUGAUAUUCAAAAUCUGAAUGGUAUGGACAUAGAUUUAAAUGGAUGUACAGAGUUCAGUUCUAAAGAUGAUGAAUUAUAUGAAGUGGAUGUAACAGAAGAUACUACAAAUGAGAUGUCAACAUUUGCUCCAAUUUUUCCAAGUAGAGAAAAGUCCUCUUUUGUACUAGGACCAAAGUUCAAAGGCCAGAUACAUGUGAUGCAGUCUUUAGAGAUUCCAGACCUCCCUCCAAUAAAGAUUCCAGAACCAAUAGUCCAUAAAAUACCUGAAGGUCUUAUACCUAGAUUUGAACCGUUUGGAUCAGGAGAGCCAUUAAAGCUAGGCAAAAGAAAACAUGACCAUGACGGAAAUAGAUCUAAUUCAUCAUCAAAGUCACAUAAAAAGAAACAUCGCCAUGAUGAGGACUACUCAGAUGGUGAUAUGUUAGGGAAGUCAGUGGAAAAGAAGUUAAAGAAGGAAUUGAAAAAGAAAAUUAAAAAAGAACGUGAUUAAAUCUUUAUUAAAAACACAUGAUAGAUUAUUAAAGAUUAUCAAAUUUUAA